AUGACAGGUAGGACUAUUACUUCGUCGCCACUAUCCUCAGCACGUUCGACCCCAGUCACCUUCCAGACAGCAUCUCCAGAGUCAAGUUCGCACUAUCGAUCUGCACGGCCUUUACCACGAGAACUCUUGCAGCAAGUCAACAUCUACCUGGAAGAGUGCCUGUUUUCUCAGGCGUUACGAGUCCUCCUUAGUCUGGUUUCAGCCUCGUCUGCGAAUGACAAAAGGCCUAUUUUGCUUCCCCCUCCAGAUUACCUUGGUGUCUUGAACACGCUCAGUAUACACCCUAACCUGACGAGCAGAGCAUCGACUCAGGAUAAGCUGAAACAGUCAAAUCUGGCACGUCAAUAUCUGCGUACAAUUAACGGGUUAGUUGGUCCGGUCAACGCUUCCUUGAUCGAGGCUUAUCGAUUCCGUAAGUUCGACCAUGUUCACGUUGAAGAACAAAGCGACGGCGAGGCUAUCACUGAGACGUUGGGAAUCAAAUAUGCAGACUCGCAAAGUGUGUUUACUUCAAAGGAUGAUUUUUGGUCAGUGAUUGGAUGGGCUUUCAAUUGCUCUUGUCUGCCUGGUCCAUAUGCUACACGAUGGCUAUACUGGAGCUCAUGGUUACAGCAUAUGCUGGAAGUGCUCGAAAGUGAUUGGCAGUGUCGUGAAGAACUAGGAAAGUGUCAGGAAUCAUUGAUCUGGAAGUACAUAUCUAGUGCAAUUGGAGGCUUUGCGCGUGCUCGACGAACAAUCAGAGCUAUAUUUGCUGAUGGUAGUCGUGACAGUCUGAACUUCUUCACAGAAGUGUUUCGGAAAGAGCUGAAAGGGCCUAGAAUUGAGCAUGAGAAAGCGAAGAAGCAAGAGGUGGCCGUAAAAGUCGACGAAGACAUUUACGGGGAUUGGCUUCAGGACUCCGAGAGCAGUAUAGAUGAAGACGUCGAUGUGCAUCACGGCGACGUAGCCAAUAGACCGUCCAAGCGGCUGCGAACCAGGACCCCGUUGACCCGACGACGAAGGCUGCCUCAAGCUAGCAAGAGCCCGAUCUUUACGGAAGAAGAAGAUACUGAUGCAUCAGGGCAGGAGGAGUCCGGCACAAGGCACGGUCUAGGUCCCCUUGAUUCGAUCAUGCUCCGGCUGCGCCUCCUUCAGCUCUUGUCGAACGUAUCAGCUCAUCCAACAUUGCGAGAUUCUGAAGCGGCGGAUUAUUGGCCAGACCUGCAUGAAUUGUACACUUUAUUCGUUGAGUUUGUUCAGGACCUGCCACUUUCUUCAUUUCAGCAAAUUAUAUUGCCGAGUUUCACAAGUGGUCUGAUCCCAGAUGCACGCAUGCUGUUAUGCGAGUUCGUUCUGCAACGUGUAGCUGAUACAGACCGGACGAAUAGAGGACGAACGACACUCGAGGCCAUGACUCAGGUGCGUCUUGUGAGGGAUUAUCUGCCAUACGCUGCGACCAAAGGCAGGAACCCAGUCGAACAUCAGGCGAAAAUGAGUUUGCUACUCGAAAGCAUCCUUCGGCAACUAGCGAAAGAGACCUCUUCCUUCCGCCCUACCACCAAUCUGAUUAAUGCAACGAUAAUAGGUAUUCGAGGAAGGGAGGCUCGCGCUGCCAAGGCUAGAAGUAGUACUCGGAACAAGAAAACCACAAUUAGCAAGGGAGAAGAGAUGGCUGAUCGGAUACUGCACGAGAGCAGUGCACGGAUUCAAUUUGUGGUAAACAAACCAUACCCACACGAGGCUUCACAUUGA